GUAAAUUUUACAUCCCACUCUCACAAAAAUAAACCAUUUACAUACCUAAUUUACAAUGUCUGAAAACUUAGAUGAGAUCGUCAACGGAAAUAACUCGUUUUUAAUGAGUAAUAAUAAAAUCCCUAUUAUUAUCAAUAAUCCCACCGGAGCCCCUUACGAUUUUCACAAAGAAGUAGUUCCCCAAUUUUUGAACUAUUUAAGAAAUUACCCGCAAAAGCCUGGUAUUGUCUACAAUCCCGUCGAUAUUGAAGCCAUCAAAAAAAUGAACCCGGGGAGAAAAUUACACUAUAUAGGGAACUUUUCCCAAGAUCCAUCAUUGGCCGAUUUUUUUAAGCAUUUAAGAGAAACAGCAACCGAAAUGCAAAAAAAUGGUGACGAAGCCGUACAACCAUUAAUUCCAGAAAAAGUUCCCAGUAAAAUGAUAAAACUAAACGAACGUACUUCAAAAAAAAUACACGAAUUCAUCAAAAAUGAGUCGUUCACGGAAUUAAAUGAAUUCGUCAAUAGUAUUAACAUAUUUGAAGAAGAAGAAAAAGAAGUUGGCAAGAGUAGACUUUAGAAUUCGAUCUAGCAUUAGCAUUUACCGUCGAUUAUUAUUCUAUUAUAUAAAAUAUUUUUAUAAAUAAAAUGUAAACAAAAAUUUAAGUUAUAUAGUCAAAAUUUUAAUUUAUUUUUGUUAUUAUGUUUCGAUCGUGAAACAACUUCAUCAGAAA